AGAAUUGUAACCAAUAAAAACAAAGCUGGGUUACUGGGGGCGGGGUUAUCUGGACGUUCCUGCAGCUUGUUGAAGAUGUCUCCUUAACAACCGAUGCGAGAGUCAAACAGCAGAAGUUUUCGGUGGACAAACGUUUUGAGUCGGAAUGGCUGGGACUGGCGAGGGAAAGAAAGAAGAGGCCGACUACAAGAGACUGCACAGCUUCCCUCUCAUCAGACACACAGACAUGCCAGAGGAAAUGAGGGUUGAGACCAUGGAGUUGUGUGUAACAGCCUGCGAGAAGUUUGCCACAAAUAAUGAAAGUGCAGCUAAGAUGAUCAAGGAGUCCAUGGACAAGAAGUUUGGUAGCUCGUGGCACGUGGUAAUUGGUGAGGGCUUCGGCUUGGAGGUCACACAUGAAGUGAAAAACCUUCUCUACAUGUUCUUUGGUGGGAGCCUGGCCGUCUGUGUGUGGAAGUGCUCUUAGCGCCUCUUUGUCUGUGCAUUCUGCUUGCAGAUGUGGUCACUAUGCUGGGAGUAAACACCAGCUGCCAGCUGGACACUGGUUUCUUUUGUGUUGUGGCAGAUUAGUUUGUCCAAGCUACCAGACUGUGGCAGAGAAAGAAGUCCAUAAAUAAAAUAACGUUGGAUGGGAAUUUACUUUUAAAGUAAUUCAGACGAUGACUGUCACUUUGUUUGGUGGAGAUAAAAAUAGCUUCUUCCCUUUUCUGCCACUAUUCAUUUUCUUUACCCUCCAUUUAAGCCGUGUUCUGUUUUUGAACAUCAUCUCGGAUGCUUGUGUUUGCAUGUGCAAGUAAAUUCAACUUCUUCAAAAAACUACAGCCAGCCAGGGUUUCCAAAGUCCUUUAUCCUUCUUUUUCUUCAGGGAGUGCAUGUGUGUGAAUACAAAUGAUGUCCAUGUUGGUGUGUGUGCUGGACACACAUUUUUUCCUAAAAACAGUGUAUUGUCACCUUGCUCAUCAGUUUUGGGUAGAAUUAAUUUACUGUUUUUCCUGUUCAUGCCAUCCAAAAUGUUUCACACGUGUCUUUCUCUCGACAACGGCACUACUUUCAAUAAAUUUUGUAAGAUUUUUUUAUGUGUACAUAUUUUAAUGCAACUUGAAAGACAUCUUUUUAAAGACUAAGGGCUCAGAGUGUCCUGAGCCAAACAAACACUAAACCUGAUUCUCUUUUUCUCCUUGCUGAGGUGUGUGUGUAGAAAGGCCUGAAUAAUAUCACCAUGCUUGGAUGACAAUAGCAUUGUGAUUGUCUCAUGUUGAUGCCAGUUAUAAUGAUCCACUGCAAUGGACCAUUAUUUGUGAACCUACCUGAUUGUACAAUAAACUGAAAUGUGGAGAAAAAAAA